UCCCCAUCCGCAGCCUCCCGGAGCGGAGCGUCCGGAAGCUCGGCCGCGAGGUGGUUCUCGGGGCCUGGAGGAGCCCUGGCCGCGCGUCCCCAUGGCCGUCGGCGUGGAGCAGCGUCUGGGCAGCCUCGCCCUCUUCACCCGCGACGACUUCGAGGGCGACUGGCGCCGGGUGGCCAGCGGCGGCUUCAGCCGGGUGUUUCGGGCGCGGCACAGGCGUUGGAGGACCGAGUACGCGAUCAAGUGCUCGCCCUGCCUUCUGCCAGACGCUACCAGCUCUGAUGUGAAUUGCCUCAUUGAAGAAGCAACCAAAAUGGAGAAGAUCAAGUUUCAGCACAUCGUGUCCAUCUAUGGGGUGUGCAAGCAGCCCCUGGGCAUUGUGAUGGAGUUCAUGGCCAAUGGCUCCCUGGAGAAGAUGCUGCCCACCCACAGCCUCUGCUGGCAGCUCAAAUUCCGCAUCAUUCACGAAACCAGCCUGGCUAUGAACUUCCUCCACAGCAUUAAGCCACCUCUGCUCCACCUUGACCUCAAGCCAGGCAAUAUCCUCCUGGACAGCCACAUGCAUGUCAAGAUCUCAGACUUCGGCUUAUCCAAGUGGAUGGAACAGUCGACCCGAAUGCAGUACAUUGAGAGGUCGGCUCUCCGGGGCACCCUCAGCUACAUCCCCCCUGAGAUGUUUCUGGAGAGUAAUGAGGCCCCAGGGCCCAAAUACGAUGUGUACAGCUUCGGGAUCGUCAUCUGGGAGAUACUCACUCAGAAGAAACCAUAUGCAGGUCUCAACAUGAUGAACAUCAUUGUCCGAGUGGCUGCGGGCCUGAGGCCCUCCCUGCACUCUCUCUCCGACGAGUGGCCAGGGGAGGCCCAGCAGAUGGCAGACCUGAUGACAUGCUGUUGGGACCAGGACCCCAAGAAGAGGCCCUGCUUUCCAGACAUCACAGUUGAGACAGACAUGCUGCUUUCCCUGCUCCAGAGUCCUGUGGCAGAUCCCGAGAGUGAGGCCCCAGCCAGGAAAGUGUCCUGCAAACCAUCUCUCCGCCGGCCCUGGGAGGUCAGUGAGGAGGUCAGCCUGGAGCUAACUGACAGUGCAGACUCGGGAGACCACUUGAAACAGCUUCUGCAGCUCUCGGACAGUGAAAGCCUUGUGCCCAGCAAUGAGGAGCUGUGCAUCUGUGAGAACAAGGUCACGCCCCUUCACUUCCUGGUGGCUCGGGGCAGCGUGGAGCAGGUGAGGCUGCUGCUGGCUCAUGAGGUCGAGGUGGACUGCCAAACAGCCUGUGGCUACACGCCCCUCCUCAUCGCUGCCCAGGACCAGCAGCCUGACCUCUGCGCUCUGCUCCUGGAGCAUGGUGCUGACCCCAACCUGGCAGAUGAGGACGGCUGGGCCCCAUUGCACUUCGCAGCUCAGAAUGGGGAUGAUCGAACCGCCCGCCUGCUCCUGGAUCAUGGGGCCUGCGUGAAUGUGCAGGAGCAUGAGGGGUGGACCCCAUUCCACCUGGUUGCGCAGAACAACUUCGAGAAUGUGGCACGCCUGCUGGUCUCCCGUCAAGCUGACCUCAACCUGCAAGAGGCGGAGGGAAAGACCCCUCUGCACCUGGCUGCCUACUUUGGCCACGUCAGCCUGGUCAAGCUGCUGACAGGGCAGGGGGCCAAAUUAGAUGCUCAGCAGAAAAACCUGAGGACACCACUGCACCUGGCAGUGGAGGGAGGCAAAGUGAGGGCCAUCCAACACCUGUUGAAGACUGGAGCAACCCCUGAUGCCCUUGACCAGAAUGGCUACAGUCCACUGCACACUGCAGCCGCUAGGGGCAGAUACCUUAUCUGCAAGAUGCUACUCAAGUAUGGGGCCAGCCUUGAGCUGCCAACCCAGCAGGGCUGGACACCCCUGCAUCUAGCAGCCUAUAAGGGCCACCUGGAGAUCAUCCAGCUGCUGGCUGAGAGCCAUGCAGACUUAGGGGCUCCCGGGGGCAUGAACUGGACCCCCCUGCACCUGGCUGCCUGCCACGGGGAGGAGGCAGUAGUGGCAGCCCUGCUGCAAUGUGGAGCUGACCCCAAUGCUGCCGAGCAGGCAGGCUGGACACCCCUCCACCUGGCAGUCCAGAGGGGUGCUUUCCUGAGUGUCAUCAACCUCCUGGAGCACCAUGCAGAUGUCCAUGCCUGCAACAAAGUGGGCUGGACACCCGUCCACCUGGCCACCCUGAAGGGCAACGUGGCCAUUCUCAAAGUGCUCAUCAAAGCUGGUGCCCAGCUGGACAUCCAGAAUGCAGAGGGCUGCACACCCCUUCAGCUGGCCCUCCGGAGCCAAAAGCAGAGCAUUAUCGCCUUCCUAGAGGGCAAGGAGCCCUCACUGGCCAUUCUGGGCAGUGCUGAGCCCAGAGACCAGACAGAAGUGUAGGUGACCUGGGGUCUCCCUACCGUGAGGAAGAGGGGUUGGGGGAAGUGAGGCUGGGCUCCUGGCAGGGUCUUCCCUGUACUUGCCAUCUGCCCCUUCGACCUCAAGAAGAAACAGGAACCUGGCCCCCCGGGUGGUGGAGGGACAAGGAGAAGGACUGAGCGUGUAGCUAAGGAAAAGCCCUGGCUUGGAGAGGUCAUUCAGCAGCCUGUCCAGGAACGUCUCCCACAGACCCCUGGCCUCCUCCUCCAACUCCUAUACCUGAAUUCAAGGCCCCAAAGUAAAUUCUUUUUUUAUUCCCAAGACUUCUGCCACCUUUUGCCAGUUGCUCUAGGCUCAUAGGACCCUUUGCAUCCCUGGAACCAUCACUGAAGACAAAUGGAGGCACAGAGGAGACAGGAGUGCUUUCUCCCAGCUCAGGGCUGUGUGAGCCGACCCCUCCCAGGGUGGGGCCCGGAGCACCAGACACCUGUGCUUUGCGCAAGGGGCAGGAGCUAAAAGUUCACAGGAAAUUCUGCUUAUCAUUUAAAGCCCCAGCCAAUCCCCUGUUCCUGCAGUGACCGCACCUUCCUGGAGGCCCUGGUCCCAGUGCCCAGGCCUCCCACACCAUCUCCCGGAGGGGAAGGAAGGUGGUGCUCCAACUGCCCAGGGGUGAUUCUGCGUUGGACGCGCAGUCCCUAGUCUCCCUGCGCCACCCUUUGCUGUGCCCAGUUAUAUGUCUAAGUCCAAACCCCAAAGUUAAUAAAACUGUGGAUUUGAGCCCCUCCUUUA